ACUAGAGAGAUCCACGCACAUUUAUAAGAUAAUGGCAUAAUUAUCAGUCUUAUUCUAUCUUAUCUAGAUAAAAAUGAUAAAGCCCGGGUUUUUAAGAUUUUGUAAAUUUAAGAAGCAGGGAAAAAAUAGUUUUCAAGGGAGUUACAUAAAUAUUAUAGAUAACUUACUUAAUAUACAAUUAAUUAUGUCACUGAAAGAAGCUUUCAAACCUAAAAGUUUAAAGAUUUCUACAACUUUUAUUGAUGUUGAUGGAAGAGAAAAAGAGAUUGAAACUCGAGAUGAUGAAGAACAAGCUUUAAAGUUGCAAGAAAUUAUGGAUUUGUUAAUAGCUGCUGGAUAUUUUCGAGCUAGAAUCAAAGGGUUGGCUUCAUUUGAUAAAAUUGUUGGAGGUCUAGCAUGGUGUAUUGACAAUUGUACUGUAGAUUUGGAUGUUGACCUACAUUUUGAUGAAUCAUUAGUCAUUGGACAAAAAAUUUCUCUUACAGAGAAAAUUGUAUCUGUAUUACCUAAAAUGAAAUGUCCUUAUCUAAUUGAACCUCAUCAAAUACAAGGACUUGACUGUAUACACAUAUUUCCUAUUGUUCAAUGGUUGGUAAAACGUUCAAUUGAAAAAAGGAAAGAAAGAGGUGAGUAUUUAACACAUUAUGCUGCAAAUCAGUUUGAAAAGUUAAUAGAUUCUCAUACUAAAAAUCAAAUGCCACAGAAAAAUCGUUGUGCUUAUCUAAAAAAAUGUCUGACUGUUCGAAAAAAAGCAACUACUUCAUUUAAUAAAAAAGAAGAAAUUAGAUUCAUGGAUUAUGAUGAAGAUUCUUCUGAUAAUGAGGAAAUUACUAAUUGGUUUAUAGCAAAAGCUUUUGAUCCCAUUGAUUUUUCUGAAACGGUUAUUAUAACUAAUGAAGAAAGGAUGCAAAAGUUGAAACUAGAAAAUCAAAAGUUAAUGGAAGAAUUGACAAAAAUUGAAGGUCAAACUAAGGAAAUUCAGGAAAAAAUAAAAGAAUGUUCACCUUGUAAUUUUGAUGUAGGAGAUGAUAAAAAACAAGAACUUGAAGAAGUACAAAAUUUAAUUAUUGAAUAUGAACGUCUAAAAGAACUUGAGGAACUAUUUCAAAAAGAAUGUAAUAGCAAAAUAGAAAUUUAUCAAAAAGAUAUUAAGGAACACAGUAGGCUAUUAGAUGAGCCCGAAGAGGAUGAUUAUGAACUGAAAGAAGAACUGGAUAAAAUUAAAAGUAUGGUUGAAGUUGCACGAACAAAGUUAAGUAAAAAAGCAAGAGCUGUUGGUUUAAUGAAACGUAAACUAGAUCAAAUACCAGAUAGAGCUGAAUUAGCACAAUAUCAAAGACGUUUUGUGGAGCUUUCCAAUGAAGUAUCUGCAAGGCAUCGAGAAACUAAAAGACAUUAUGAUCUUUAUAAUACUUUAAGUGAUGUUCAAAUGUAUUUGAAUAAAGAAUUAUCACUACUUAGUUCAAUAUUGGAUGCUUAUCCCGAGGCAAUGAAAUCUCCUGAAGCAAAAGAACAAUUUUUAAGACAACUAGAAAAUAUAGAUGUUAGUGUAAAACAAACUUUAGAUAAAGUGGAGAAUAAACGAAACAAUGAACAGAGUGUUAAAAGUAACUUAAACAAUCAAUUAUCUUCUUGUGUAUCUGCUCAUAGACAGUACUUGUCUGCUGUAAAACAACUUGAAUAUGAGAUACAAAAGAAUCUUCAACUUCAGGAGCAAAUAGACACUUUAGAAAAUCGAUACUAAAAAAUAUUAAUUUAAAUUUAUAUUUACAUUAUUAUUAUUAUGUAAAAACAAUUCUAUAAUUUAAUCCUAUAUUAUGUUAUUCCUAUGUUAUUUUAAUAAUUAAAUUUCUUUGUGUAUUGUA